UUAUUGGAAAGUUUACUAGGAGCCAUUCACAAAACUCUGCGUGUGGAAUUUCUGGCAGCAGCCACUUCCUUUGUGGCAAAAAGAUGAAGAUAAAUAAAAACAAGGAAGCAGAGCUCUGACGUAGCCCAUAGUUAUAAAACUCUUCUCCUCUCCCUUCCGACCCACUCCGCGGUUCUGGAAGGCUCCUGUGCACACUGCGGGGAGGACUUACGGGGAACACGGCCAAGAGAAGACCAAGAACAGCAGCACUGGGGAUCUCCUGGCACCCCACGGAGCAAGGUCUUCCUCACGUAUCUUCCCUCGGAGACCAGAAGCAGGACAUGRAUUUGAAGGGACUGUGAGAUGUGGAGAUACUGACGCUGACCUUCCCAAGCUGAACUAGUGAGACAGCCCUUCUCUGCUGCUUCACCAAAGUGAACACCGAGAGCCCGCAUCCCGCCGCCGAGCCCGGCCUCCCUGGGGAUGGAGCUGAGCCCCACUCACCCGCCGCCCGCGCAGCCCACCUCAGYGGGCGAGGACAAUCCCGCAUGUGCGCUGGACACCUCCGCCGUGCUCCUGGACGGGGCCACGCUGCUCAUCUGCCCGUGCGGGCUGGUGGGCAAUGGCGCCGUCCUCUGGCUCCUCGGCUUCUGCCUCCGCAGGAACCCYGUCACUGUCUACAUCCUCAACCUGGCCUUCGCAGACUUCAUCUACCUUCUCUUCACGCUCACCUCGGCCCUGCUCUACAUCGUGGAGGACGUUUCCUGCUCCGCUUUGAACUUCCUGGAGUACCAGCGGCCRCUCUUCCUGCUCUCUCUCUUUGCCUACAACAUGGGCCUCUACCUCCUGACAGCCAUCAGCAUUGAGAGGUGUGUGUCUGUCCUGUGUACCAACAACAGCCACCGCUGCCGCCACACCAAGUGCUUGUCGGCCAUCGUGUGUGCCCUCCUGUGGGCUCUCUCCRUCUCUGUGAUUGCUGCCGUGACUUCUCUCUGCCUGUCUCACGCAGGUGAACGCUGCCAGCUGGCUCUCGUCUCCAUGUACGUCCUCAAUUUCCUCAUCUUUGCCCCACCCAUGGUCUUCUCCAGCACGAUCCUGUUCAUGAAGGUCCAAUGCGGCUCCCAGCGGCAGCACUCUGGGAAGCUCCAUACUGUUAUCUUCCUCACAGUCCUCUUCUUYCUMMUCUUUGCYSUUCCCCUCAGCAUCCAGAAGUUCCUACAGCAGUUUAACUACGAUUUUGGCCCUUCCCAGGUUGCUUUCUUGCUGGUCUGCAUCAACAGCAGCAUCAAGCCAUUUAUCUACUUCCUGGUGGGGAGCUGCAGGAGGCAUUGCUCCUCAACCUCUUUGAAGGUCGCUUUCUGGACAGUCUUUGAGGAGCUGGGAGAUAACUCAGCGUACAGUGAGGAUGCUCCAGUGGACACACUAACCCCAGUCUGCUAAAGUCUUUCCACUGUUCUCCUUCA